UAAUCUUUCAAUUAAUCUCUCUUCCUAUUGUCAAUUGAUCCUUCCUCCAGACAUGGAUGAAAGUUUGAGAACAGCUUCUCUAACCGGAAAUGUUGGUGAUUUGUACAGGUUAAUUCGGAUAGAUGGAAAUGCUUUGAGGCGCUUCGAGGAUGUGGAGUUUGUGGACACCCCUUUACACAUUGCUGCAGAACAAGGGUGCAUUCGGUUCGCAAUGGAGAUAAUGAACCUCAAGCCAUCAUUUGCUCGGAAACUGAACCAGGAUGGCUUGAGCCCCAUGCACCUCGCGGUUGAAAAAGGGCACAAAGAGAUGGCGUUGCGUUUCAUGGAAAUGGAUAAAGAUGUUGUUCGUGUCAAGGGGAAGAGUGGUAAGACUCCUUUGCACUUGGUAAGUAAAGUUGGAAACCACGAUGGUAUGCUGGAUAGAUUUCUAGAGGCUUGCCCUGAAUGUGUUCUAGACGUUACGACUAAGAACCGCACUGCUUUGCAUAUUGCAACCAAAAAUAAGAGACUGGACGUUCUUCAAGUUCUAAUCCGAAUGCUUCGAAAGAAAGACAAAGACUAUUAUCGGGAAGUGGUGAACCGGAAAGACGAAGAUGGCAAUACUGCACUUCACAUAGCUGCUGGCAAUAAUCAACCUCAGAUGCUCAGAUUACUAUUAGACUGCAAAGCUAAUAAGCAUGCCACCAAUCAGGCUGGUUCGACGGCACUGGAUGUUGCAAUAGGGCAAAGUUACAGAGAAAGCAUCAGUAUUCUGCGGGGUUGCUGUAUUCCAAGAGUUUCAAACUUUAAAUAUAAGAUGGAGAAACAAAUCGCCAAGUAUCUAACCAAGGCAUCGUCACUAAUUUUUUCGGAUAUGGAUAAUAUAUCAGGGGAAGACCGCAAUGCUUUACUAGUAAUUUUAGGACUGCUUCUUACGGUAACUUUUCAAGCCGCUCUUAGCCCGCCCGGUGGUGUCUGGCAGGAUGAAAGUUCCUCAGAGUCUAAAGGGUCGUAUGAUCGAUUAUCAUUGGGGAUGUCAGUCUUGCCUCAAUACGAAUUUCUUUUAUUCUAUGUUCCGACCUAUGUGGUGUUCAUCGUUACCUUUUUCCUAACACUAGCCCUGCUCAAACCUUUUCCCAAUGGUUUCCGGACAACACUUCAAGUACUACUCGCAUUUCUUGCAAUAUGCUUUCACCGAUCAAUAAUUAUCAUAUCCUCGGCCUAUUCAACAGUCACAGUUAUCAAUAUAUUAUCAGCACUUGUUUUCAUUUUAAUGUUGUUCAUGUGUAUCACAUAUGAAGUUUCGAAAAUCAGCGUUUCAAUCGUGGGAUGUUGGAUAUUCACUGAACUUUGGCCCUCCGCUCCAAACAUACUACACCUUUCUGAUGAAGAAGAAACAAUAGUUGCAAGCGCAUGGUUUCUAUGGUGGCGUUUACCUACAAACACCUCUUAUAAGCGCAGGAAGUUGGUUUUUCUUUCAUCUAUGUCGAAUCUGCAUAAAGCGAUGUAUUCGCAAUAG